UCGAUUACUCAAGAAUUCAAGUGGAAUCGACAACUUCAGGUGAUUGUUGUGUUCUGCCUGUCCAUGGGCUCCAGGAGAAUAUCCACCAGACAUAAGACACAAAAGUUCCCCUAAAAACGCCGAGAAAUUAAUUUAACAUUAAUUGAAGUGAACGGCAAAUUAACCACACUAAAUACGUAACUCCGUGGUGAACACGUAAUUAUUUAAUUCGAGGAUUUUCAGUGAUAUCGACGAGGAAGUCGCUGGAAUCGUUAGGUUAAGAAGUUUUUUUUAAUUUUUAUUUUUUAUUGUUUUGCUGAAAUGAGUGAUAAUCAAGAGAUUAUUGGAGUCGAGAACUCUGAGAAUGUCGCCGAGGCUGAGAAAUUCAAGGAGGUGGCCAAUGAUUUUUUCAAGAAUCAAAAUUACGAAAAAGCCAUAGAAUUCUACACAAAGGCUAUAGAAUCAAAUCCAAACGUAGCAACUUACUAUGCAAAUCGAAGUUUUGCAUAUUUGAAGACAGAAUGCUUUGGCUAUGCCCUCACUGAUGCAUCUAAGGCCAUUGAGUUGGAUAGAAAUUAUGUCAAAGGCUAUUACCGACGUGCUGCUGCUUACAUGUCGCUGAGUAAAUUCAAACAGGCCCUCAAAGACUUUGAAACAGUCACCAGAGCGAGACCCAAUGACAAGGAUGCUAAACUCAAAUACACCGAGUGCAAUAAGAUUGUUAAGAAGAUUGCAUUUGAAAAGGCUAUUUCUGUUGAGGAAAAUCAAAAGAAUGUUGCUGACAGCAUUGAUCUGGAGGCAAUGACAAUCGAUGACGAUUACACUGGCCCCAAGCUAGAGGAUGGCAAGGUGACAGUGACAUUUAUGCAGGAGCUCCUGAAAUGGUACAAAGACGAGAAGAAACUCCCCAGAAAAUACGCUUACAAAAUUCUCCUCGACGUGAAAAUCUGGUUCAUGGCUCAGCCAAGUUUGAUAGACGUGUCAAUACCAGACGACAGUAAAUUCACGAUUUGUGGGGAUAUUCAUGGACAGUUCUACGAUCUACUCAAUAUAUUCGAGCUGAAUGGUCUGCCAUCGGAGACCAAUCCUUAUUUGUUCAAUGGUGACUUCGUUGAUCGAGGGUCAUUCUCAGUUGAAUGCAUAUUCACACUUUUUGGAUUUAAAUUAUUGUAUCCAAAUCAUUUCUUCAUGUCUAGAGGAAAUCACGAAUCAGCAAUAAUGAACCACAUGUACGGUUUUGACGGCGAAGUAAAGGCUAAGUACACAGCACAGAUGGCCCAACUCUUCACUGAAGUCUACAACUGGCUGCCCCUAGCUCACUGUCUCAACAACCGAGUGAUAGUGAUGCAUGGGGGCCUCUUCUCCCGUGACAACGUCACCCUGAAGGAGAUUCGGGAAAUAGACAGGAACAGGCAGCCCCCAGACGAGGGAGUCAUGUGUGAACUCCUGUGGUCCGAUCCCCAGCCACAGCCUGGACGUGCACCCAGUAAAAGAGGGGUUGGCGUUCAGUUUGGGCCCGAUGUUACCCACAAAUUUCUGGAACUCAAUGGACUCGAUUACGUCGUCAGGAGUCAUGAAGUCAAGAAUGAUGGGUACGAGGUCAGCCACGAUGGCAAGUGUAUCACUGUUUUUUCAGCUCCAAAUUAUUGCGACACAAUGGGUAACCGAGGUGCCUUUAUAACCCUAACUGGUAAAGACAUGAAGCCGAAUUUCACAACCUACGAAGCAGUGCCUCAUCCAAACAUCAGGCCAAUGCAGUAUGCCACUUCUCUAAUAAAAUUCAUGAUCUAAAACCGUGAUGAAAAACCCUUAGGAACUUAUUAUUAAUAAAUUAAUAACGAUUAAUAAUGACUAAGAAUUUUUUUCGAGUAGAUUCAAAGUGUCCAUAAUAUAUUUGAUACCAACGCAGGGAGAACGACGAUUUGUGAUUGAAAUUGUCGAGGCCGAAUCACUUUGAGGAUUAAUCAUCAAUUGAGAAUCUGGGGUGAAGUGUAGAACGUAAUCCAUCGAUUCACACGUUUUUGUAUGAAAUUGAUGAUUGGGGGUUCUCAUUUCUUUCCUCAAUUUGCAUUAAUUAUGUUGAGUGUUAUAAGCUCAACAGUGUCUUUGAGAGGAACUAUCGACAGACUUUUUUGUAACUAUUGUUAAAGCUGUUGAUUUUUUCCCUGAGCUGUCAAUUUUUUUAUUAAAAUAUUUCAGGAAUGAGGGAAUUUGAGGGGAAAUAUGGAGAAACCUCCUUAGAACUUAUGAAAUUUUCAUAAAUCUUUUGACAUUUCCUUAAAUCAAUUAUUAGUUGAACAAUUUCACAUUUAACGCGUGACAUCGUUUUGUUACGUUUUACCUAUUCACUUCUGGAAUGUAUUAUAUAAAAAAAACUGUGAAUGCGUGAGAAAAAUGAACGGUAGGGGGAGGAGGGCUAAAGGAAAAACUGGGAAAACGACGAUUCAGGAAACUUUUUGUUUCUUUUUUACUCGAUCGUCGAACAAAAUUUCAAAACAGAAUUUCCAGACAAAAUUUCCUGAAUUAUGCUAAAUUACUAUUUUUCCUGGUGUUUCAUUUUGUCCCGGUCUCCCCCAAUAGAAAACUCAAGACAAAUGUGAGCGUAAAAACAAGAGAAGCUUUUUAGAUUGGAUCUCAGGAGCUUAUCCAUACCGAAUAAUUUUGUAGUGACGAAUAUCAAUGAGACGAUAGUUUCUCAUUAUAAGAGAAAGCGUAAGCUUGAAAAAUCCAAAAAGAGAUGAAUUCAUUGAAAAAUUAUUUCUGUUUUCAAUUCGCCCAGAAAAAUGAACUAAUUCGUUGUGAAACAUGAAAUUACUAUCGGCAUAUUUCUUAUAUCUGAACUCGAUCGCUAUUCGUCGCGUUAUUUGCGACAGAUUUUUAUACAAAAAUGAAAAAAAAUUCCAUGAUU